AUGUCAACCAAGGUACUCUCACAGGAGCUGCAGUGUGCCGUUUGUGAAGCACUUCUAGGAACCACCAAUGGCGAUAAAGCAGACUGCGACACCGGAGACAUCAUGAUCUACCUAGGCUACAUACAUGGACAACUGACACGGAAACAUGAGACAGCGUUUUCUCGCCUGUUUCAUGCAGAUUUCCGAAAUGACGCAGCGUUCGCGGAACGAGUAUUGUGGACUCUGGCUGAAGUGGCCUCCCUGCUCCAAUCCAACGUAUCGACACUCAUCAACGACGUUGCCCUAGCUAGGAACUGGCGCUGCGCUGCUGAAGAAGGCCAUCCUUUCAACGCGCUCACGGACUUCCUUGAGCUUCUGUCUAAUGCGGCUUGGCAUUUUCGCGAAACAGGUGACUUUACCAGUGCAAUGGAGCUGGUUGACAUUGGUUUGGAAGCGGCCGGGUCCGACCAUAAGAUCAUUACAGCACAUCUACUGAACACAUCGGGGGUGGUCAAAGAGCUUACAUACCAGUACUCUUCAUCUCGAAAAGUACUCGAGGAAUGUCUCAAUAUUCGCAUAGUGGCACUGGGAAGUGCGCACCUGGAAACCACUGGCGUCAAGAUGAACCUGGCAUCAAUCGUCGCGGCACAAGGUCACGCGCUAUCGAGCUGCUUCGGAAACCUCAACCUUGCUGAGAAUAAGCUCGAGGACGCGCGGGCUAACUACCAAUCCUGCUUGGACGCCUACACUGAGGACAUCCUUGAGAAGAACACCCAUAUGACAUGUGGCUGUUAUUAUAAGCCGUCCUUAACGGAGAUGCAGCUUGGGGAUCAAGACCGCGCUCUAGCCGACAGCGGACAUCUCGACGAUGCUAUGAAGGUGGCCCAGAAGGCAAAUUCUCAAGGCUACAUUGGCCGGAUUCUUAUGCUCAAGCUGGAGUUUGCUCGCGAGGACAAAUCCCACCGGCCCCAUUUGGGCGGCCCCGGAGAGAUCCAACUCAAGAUCAAAGCCGUCCAAAGCAGCCUGGAGGCUCAGUCGUCUGGUCUGGAGAUGCCCCAUUCACCUGAUAGGUUUUUCGAAUACUUUAUUCCUUGGCAGGCUCGGUACAUAUGUUGGGCGAUAGCUGUCCCGGGUACUUGGGGCAGUUUUCUCUAG